GCAUUUGUGUAAAAAACUUGUUCAGAACUCCACUUCACAUACCCAUUUCUGGUUGGAUUAUCAUAAAAGUACGUUCUUAAGCAGCAUUAAGGUAAGAUGGAUCCACUUCAACACAUUUUGAUCUGUCAGUAUCCAUUUGAAUUGUUCGUCUAUCUUGUUUAGUUAUUUGUUAAUAAUAUAUUGAAAAAGAGGUAAAUUCAUGCGUACAGAGGAGUUUUACCACCUUUAAGAGGGAAAUAAAUGUACUGUGCUAUGUUGUGUUUAAUGUAUGCUUGCUUUACACAUGUAUAUAACAGUGAUGUUUACAAAGAUAUAGGCUUUACAUAUUUAGGAUCCAAUGCCUAUAAACUGCAUUUUGUUUCAGCAGAUGGCCUUAUUCCAUGUUGUUGAGUUUUUGGAAGAAGCACAAGCAGGUUUAAAGGGGCCAGUAGCAGUAAUUCCCGACAGCUGGCUGCUACCAUAUACAGAUCCCAGUGGUAACAGGUUUUGCAACUGGCCACCAAAAUCUGUUAAAGCAGAUGCAAACUUCAUUAUUAAAGCUAAAAAGCCAGAUUCCUUAUGGCCAUUGUAUCGAAUUCGCCUGCACAAGUCAUUAAGUAACUACCAAGCAGCUAGCCAAAUCUGCGAGAGACUGAAAGACAUGUCGGAGGUGGAGAGUGAUGACACAAAUGCUCCCACUCAAACAAAAAGGCCAAGGAUAACUCCGAUUAGAUUUCGGUCUGUUUUCAUUUUCUCUACUUAAUUUUAGGGAUUUUUUGGAUAUCCUGUAAGGACACAAAGCUGUGUC